AAAAGAGAUAAAAAGCUCUGUUAAAGAAGCUCGAGCUACCGCGCGGAUUAACCUCCAUCAGACUAGACAAACAGCGCGCACUGGAAAAGAAAUGUUGAACCUGUUCACGCAUUUCUGCCCUCGUCUGAUCGACGGUUUUAAAUGACUGCUAAAUUAGACGUCCCCAAAAUAGCGCCAGGUAACGCGGAAGCAGACUCGGGACCAGAGUCUCCACAUUCAGAGGCAGCUGAGAGUAAACUCCAGCGUUUCAGCCUCGCGGCUUUUUGCGUACCGGAGCGCAGCGGAUAAAGCAGUUCCUCUGGAGAUGAGCUCCAUGUAAAUACCGCCCUUACAUUCCAUACAAGAUUGGAGGACCUGCAGAAAGAACAAGGGCAGCGAUGAGAAAUUAUUUAGCGUAAUUAUUUCAACUUGCUGUGCUGAAGGAGUUUUGGAAGCUUGGAAGGAUCUCAGCUCAGGUGCGCGGCGGAGCGCUGCAUCCCCGCUAAAGCAGGGACCCUACACACACACACACACACACACACACCGGACUCACACUCCCUGCCGAACUAAAGCAAACGGCACCAUGAGCAGGAAAACGCGCCGCUGGAUUUUUCACAUUUUCCUCUGUCUGGGGAUUAUUUAUCUGAAAAUCGGCGGCUUCUCAUCCGUGGUGGCACUUGGAGCGAGCAUCAUCUGUAAUAAAAUCCCAGGUCUUGCUCCCCGUCAGAGGACGAUCUGCCAGAGCCGCCCGGAUGCGAUCAUCGUGAUCGGAGAAGGAGCGCAGAUGGGCAUCAACGAGUGUCAGUUCCAGUUCCGCCACAGCCGCUGGAACUGCUCUGCCCUCGGAGAGAGGACCGUCUUUGGAAAAGAGUUGAAAGUGGGGAGUAAAGAAGCAGCUUUCACCUAUGCUAUCAUUGCUGCUGGGGUUGCCCAUGCUAUCACAGCCGCCUGCACCCAGGGAACCUUGAGUGGCUGCGGGUGCGAUAAAGAGAAACAAGGAUUCUACAACCAGGAAGAGGGCUGGAAGUGGGGAGGCUGCUCAGCUGACAUCCACUAUGGCCUGAGCUUUUCCAAGAUGUUUGUGGAUGCACGGGAAAUAAAGCAAAACGCCAGGACUCUCAUGAACCUCCAUAACAAUGAAGUGGGGCGUAAGAUCCUAGAAAAGAACAUGCGCUUAGAGUGCAAGUGUCAUGGAGUCUCUGGCUCAUGCACAACCAAGACGUGCUGGACAACGCUCCCCAAGUUCCGUCAGCUUGGCUACAUCCUCAAGGAUAAGUACUACCAGGCCGUGCAUGUGGAGCCAGUUCGAGCCAGCCGGAAUAAACGGCCCACAUUCCUGAAGAUCAAAAAGCCUUACUCGUACCGCAAGCCCAUGGACACUGACUUGGUGUACAUUGAUAAGUCGCCCAAUUACUGUGAGCCAGACCCAGUGACAGGCAGUGUGGGCACUCAGGGCAGGAUCUGCAAUAAAACAGCACAGCAAGCCAACAGCUGUGACUUGAUGUGCUGCGGACGUGGCUACAACACGCACCAAUACUCACGUGUGUGGCAAUGCAACUGCAAGUUCCUGUGGUGCUGUUAUGUCAAAUGCAACACAUGCAGUGAGAGGACAGAGGUAUACACAUGCAAAUAAAACAUUCCUUAUUCCUCUGUAUGUAACAGAAGGUCUGUGAAUGCCUCUAAACAUAAUUAGAGGCUUCCUGUGUGGGGUGAUAUGGAUCGAAUGUGUUUAGAAUGGAGAAACUUUGGAAUAAGGCGCUCCAAGGGGUCUAUGGUCAGCAUGAUCUUUUUAUUCACCUGGAGGAUAGCCAGAGGAUGUGUGGGCGAUGUAUUCCGCUUUGUUUCAAAGCUCAGUGGAAUGAUUUGGUGGUUGGUACCAGUGGAUGCCUAGAACUUUCUAAACAGUGGAGUGAGUGUGUUCCUGAAGACCAGGACAUUAGGAAUAUAUGCAUGGUGUCUCUGGCUAUAUCCUGUUUUACAGGAAAUCUGGAAAACCCUUUGAGUGAGCUUAUAUAAAACUGGAUAUUUGGUUUCUCUGGACAUCAUGAAAGCAUACCGUAUAUGGACAUAAUAUCAAUGGUAUUUAACAUUUUAUUUAGAGAAAGAAAGGCUAAUAUUAAUUUAUUUAAUAAUAAAACUACUGAUUUUCAUGUGAUUUUAUGUUUUUUUUAAACCAUGCAACAUUUAACCAUGUUGUUGGUGAUAUUACUUGUGCUAAACAUUUGUAGUACAAUUCCCCCCAAGUACAAUCCAUAUAUAUUUAUAAUAAUAUACACUGGAAAUGUGCAUCUCUCUUGAAAGCUAACUUCUCCUAAAAUGAAUUAAGUACUUCAGUGCUGUUAAUCACCAGGAACAUUCCAAACAGUGUGUGCUAAAACAGUGCCUAAAAUAUAUUCUGUUUCACAAUAAAUAAGAUUUUCAGCAACCUUUUUUUCUUUUACAAACAGAAAUAAUAGUGAGCUGAAAUCAUUUGAUGAAGAACCUGUACAUAAUAUUACCUGACACAUAGCCGUCUCAUGAGCUCACACACAUCUCUCCCUUGGCUCUUGUCUUUUUAGUUGGCAGAGAAACCAAGAUAACGAUUAAUUCAUUUUGGAACAGGAUAGCACACACCCAGGAGAUGCCUCCACUUGCUACUGAUACGGAAUGCUGAGGUCACUGAUACUGUUCUUGCUAUAUAUGUAUACUAAAUAUUAUGUCUUUCCAAUUUUGCUGCUAGUCCCCCCCCCAAGGCCUCAACUUGGAAUUUGUAUAGUGUCUGUUGAAACUAGUGCUUUUGAAUACCAUGUGUAAAUGUGGUUACCUGAAUGAGUUGUUCAUGUGCUGAGUUAACAGCAGUUAACAGAAUAUAUUUUGCAAGAGAUUAUUUUUAUAUGAGUGUUUUAUUUAUUUUGUUAUAAACUGUCCUGCUUCCAGUUUCCCUAACCACCACAGUUAAGGAAAUCUAAGCUAGAAACUGCAUAGGGUUGAUAAUAUCAUGGUACACUGAUCACUGGUUUGUAAUCAGUAAUAAUGAAAACAUUAUUUGAUCAAACUAGAAAAAAAAACAUUUUCAUGUUUUUGUAUAGUCAUUUAACAACAGCAGUCCUGUAUGUAGGACCAAUAAUAUAAACUAGAUAUGGCCAAACACUCUGGUACUUAAAACGCGACGGUGAGUUUUAACCAAAGAACAGUUAAAUUGGAGAUGGUGCUUCAUGGAAGGCCUUUUGUCCUAUUUCUAAUAACAGACAAUGAAUUCAAGCAAUGUUUUACCAAACUGGUUGUUCUGCAUGCUUAUACUGUCAUAACUGAUUUAACAAAAAUGUACAUUGUGCUUUGAACAGUCUUAAUAAAAGUCACCUCAGCAGUUUGAA